AUGGGGGACUGGAGAGUGACAUCGAAUGAAGCGAAGCCGGCUUGGAAGCAAGAGGCUGGUUUGCAAAGUAUUGGCAAGGGUUUUGGAAAUAUCUGCUUUUGUAGACUACGAACCUUACCAAAGGAAAGAGAACGUCGGGUGAAGACAAACCUUAACCAACAAGAAGGGACACCAGGCGAAGGUGAAUCCAAGAUGGAAAGACACCAGGCGAAGGUGAACUUACCGAAGGAAAGAGAUAAUCGGGCGAAGACGAACCUCAACCAACAAGAAAGGAUACUGGGCAAAGGUGGACCCAAGAUGGAAAGACACCGGGCGAAGGUGAACUUACCGAAGGAAAGAGAACAUCAGACGAAGACGAACCUUAACCAACAAGAAGGGACACCGGGUGAAGGUGAACCCAAGAUGGAAAGACACCGGGCGGAGGUGAAGUUACUAAAGGAAAGAGAACGUCGGGCGAAGACGAACCUUAAGCAACAAGCAGGGACAUCGGGCAAAGGUGGACCUAAGAUAGAAAGAUAG